UCAGAAAGCAAAAACGUAUUCGCUUCCGUCGGCGGGAUUGAUAGGUUUCGGUUUUGUGCAUUAUCUAUUUAGUCCUGUUUAUUAUGGUUACAAGAUGAUAUUGGUCAUUUAAACGUCAGUUUUGGACGUUAAGAAACAAGUCUUAGGAAUAUGGCUGGCCUGGAAGAUCUCGGAAUUCCUGGAGGUGACUAUUUACAAGAGUCGCUGACAAAUUGUUCAGAUCCUCUUCAAGCAAUAGAAGAGUUCCAAACAGAAAAUGGUAUCUUGCUGCCUUCGCUUCGACCAGCUCUCCCGUUUCUGGAUUUGCACGAAUUUAAAAGACUUGAUUUCCAUAACUCUGUGUUGGAGGAACUUAGGGAUAAACUCGUCCAUCGGAUAUCAGAAUUGGCCAAUAGUGAUGACGAAAAACGAUUUGAAAAAUUAGAAUCGCUCCUGACUAAAAGUUUUCCUGUUGUGAAAGUAAAAACAUUACGGCCAGUUGUUAUGGCACUGUUGAAACAUUUGCCAAAGAUAGAGGAAGAUUAUCUGAGAAAAAUUCUUGAUGAUAAAGAAUUGUAUGCAGAGGCAGCAACUGAAGUAAAGAGACAAAUAUGGCAAGACAACCAAGCAUUGUUUGGAGAUGAAGUGUCACCACUGCUAUCACAAUAUAUUAAAGAGAAAGAAAAUGCACUGUUUGGUCAUGAACAUGCAACACUGACAUUCUUUCUACCAUCACCUAGAGCAAGACGCCAGAGUGAAGUAGUGCAAAAAUUGUCGCAUAUGGUCGGAAAAAAUGUCAAGCUUUAUGACAUGGUUCUACAAUUUCUCAGAACUUUGUUUUUGAGGACUAGAAAUACUCAUUAUUGUACAUUAAGAGCUGAACUUUUGAUGGCUCUUCAUGACCAUGAAGUAAAUGAAAUCUGUGCCUUAGAUCCAUGUCACAAGUUUACAUGGUGUGUCGAUGCAUGUAUCAGAGAUCGUUUCAUUGAUUCUAAGAGGUCCAGGGAGUUACAAGGCUUCUUAGAUGGCAUACGUAAAGAUCAUGAAUUUGUGCUUGGAGACCUUUCUAUGAUCCUGUGUGACCCUUUUGCACUCAACACGGUAGCAUUAUCUAUGAUGAAGAACUUACAACACUGUGUUAACAAUGAAGUCAUGCCAAGGGACAGUAAUGAUAUUGUUCUGUUGGUACGGAUGAUGGCCUUGGGACUAGGAGCCUGGGACAUGAUUGACAGUCAGUUGUUCAGGGAGCCAAAACUGGAUGUGCCAAUAUUCACCAAGUUCCUACCCAACAUUUUGUCUAUGAUGGUAGAUGACCACACCAGGAGUAUUUGUGCACGGAUCCCAGAGGAGCCACAACCAACACUGAAACAGCCAUCUGAGUUGUAUGCCACUUUCAUCAAAGGCAACAGUAUAGCAAGUCUAGUGGCUAUGUACUACACAGCACAGGCAUGCAGAAGUCGUGACAAAUUUGCCUUGUGUCAGAUUCUGCCGACACUUAUCCACUGUGAGAAUGAGCGAGCAUCUGAGGAUACCUUCCUCCACACCAUCAUCUCGUACCUCAUCCCCAUGGCCGAGGACUUCACCCAAGAGGAUAUGUGUGUUGUUGUUUUUGAUGAUUUCAUACUUCCAUCAAUAUCUAAAGAGAACAUGAUGAGACACUUACUGCGACUGUUGUGGCAUAUCCACCACAAGUUACCGCCCGCUCGCCUUGAGGCUCUCAUGCAGGCCACAGCACCAAACAAUGAGCACAGCGAAGCUGUUCACAUGACAUACCAGCAGCUGGCAGAUAAAAUUUCUUCAUACGAGCCAAGUCCUGCAACUCCACAAGAGCAACUAGACUCACCACUAAUGAGUGUUCCUGCUCCAACCCCUGCCCCCUACUGAUCUGGACUCACCACUGACGAGUGUUCCUGCUCCAACUCCUGCCCCCUACUGAUCUAGACUCACCACUGACGAGUGUUCCUGUUCCAACUCCUGCCCCCUACUGAUCUAGACUCACCACUGAGGAGUGUUCCUGCUCCAACCCCUGUCCCCUACUGAUCUAGACUCACCACUGACGAAUGUUCCUGUUCCAACUCCUGCCCCCUACUGAUCUAGACUCACCACUGAAGGGUGUUCCUGCUCCAACCCCUACCCCCUACUGAUCUAGACUCACCACUGACGAGUGUUCCUGCUCCAACCCCUACCCCCUACUGAUCUAGACUUACCACUGAGGAGUGUUUCUGCUCCAACUCCUGUCCCCUACUGAUCUUGACUCACCACUGACAAGUGUUCCUGCUCCAACUCCUGCCCCCUACUGAUCUAGACUCACCACUGAUGAGUGUUCCUGCUCUAACUCCUGCCCCCUACUGAUCUUGACUCGCCACUGACGAGUGUUCCUGCUCUAACUCCUGCCCCCUACUGAUCUGGACUCACCACUGACGAGUGUUCCUGCUCCAACUCCUGCCCCCUACUGAUCUAGACUCACCACUGACGAGUAUUCCUGCUCCAACUCCUGUCCCCUACUGGUCUAGACUCACCACUGACGAGUGUUCCUGUUCCAACUCCUGCCCCCUACUGAUCUAGACUCACCACUGACGAGUAUUCCUGCUCCAACUCCUGUCCCCUACUGGUCUAGACUCACCACUGACGAGUGUUCCUGCUCCAACUCCUGCCCCCUACUGAUCUAGACUCACCACUGACGAGUAUUCCUGCUCCAACUCCUGUCCCCUACUGGUCUAGACUCACCACUGACGAAUGUUCCUGUUCCAACUCCUACCCCCUACUGAUCUAGACUCACCACUAAUGAGUGUACCUGCUCCAACCCCUGCCCCCUACUGAUCUAGACUCACCACUGACGAGUGUUCCUGUUCCAACUCCUACCCCCUACUGAUCUAGACUCACCAC